AUGGAAGUGACCAUCAAAUGCAUGCAGUUUACUUGCUUUGUACUGUUGGUUCUGCAUUUACAAGGAAAUCUAGCAACGCCGUCAAAGGGUAUAUACGACUACAAUGAUGUACUUCACAAGUCAAAUCUGUUCUAUGAAGCCCAGCGGUCUGGGUAUAUAUCAGAAGCCACAAACCGUAUACCGUAUAGAGCAAGUUCAGCUUUAGGUGAUCAAGGAUAUUUUGGAGAAAACCUCACAGGUGGCUGGUAUGAUGGUCUUAACCACGUCAAACACGGGCUACCAAUGGCAGCUAGUGUUACAAACCUGGCUUGGGGAAUGAUUCGGUACAAAGAGGCUUAUAUCGAUGCUGGUGAAUGGGAAUACGCCUUGGAAAACAUCAAAUGGGCCACAGACUACUUUAUAAGGUGUCACAGUGAUACGGAAACAUACUAUUAUCAGGUUGGUAGCACUGAUCUAGAAAGCAGUUAUUGGGGGAGACCGGAAGAUAUGACUAUGGAUAGACCACCAGCCAUGGUGAAUGCUUCUUUUCCAGGCUCAGAUGUUACUGGUGAAACGGCUGCCGCAAUGGCUGCCUCGUCAAUCUUGUUUCAACAGUCCGAUCCCACAUACUCGACCACUCUGUUGCAGCAUGCCAGGGAGUUAUUCACGUUUGCCAAUACAUAUCGCGGUCUGUAUCCCGGUCAAGUUUAUAGCUCCAGUGAUUAUGGUGACGAACUGGGACUGGCUGCGUGCUGGUUGUACUAUGCCACCAACAACAUAUCAUAUAUCCAAACAGCAGAAGCUCUAUAUGACGAGUUCAACCUUGGAACGCCAUCAUGGGCAUACUCAGUUAAGAAUAAGAAUCCCGCUGUGCAGAUUUUGUUGUACGAGUACAACCAAGACCAGCGAUAUCAAACUGCAAUCACCACGUAUAUGAACAGAUGGUUGCCCGGAGGGAAUGUACCGCGUACACCUAAAGGUUUGGCAUACAGAAAUAAGUGGGGAACUUUACGAUAUGCAGCAAACACAGCUUUUCUUGCUUUGGUGGCAGCCGAUUUGGGAAUCAAUCCAGUUGCACAUAGAGAUUUUGCAAAAACUCAGAUCCGAUACAUGCUUGGAGAUUCCGGUCGCAGCUACGUGGUUGGUUACGGGGUAAAUCCCCCUGAACGCCCCAAGCACAAAGCUAGUGCGUGCCCUGAUAUGCCGAACACAUGUGAUCAAUCCACAUUUCUAAGUCCUGAUCCCAACCCACAAAUUCUAUAUGGUGCUCUUGUCGGCGGACCUGAUGCCAACGAUAACUGGGUAGAUGACAGAUCUGAUUCAAAGACAAAUAAAGUCACGUGCGAUUUCAAUGCAGGUUUUCAGUCUGCAGUUGCCGGCCUCAAGUAUCUGGAAUUAACAGGGGGAUACGACUAUAUCGAGGUUAUACAUCAAUCGAUUCGGUUUUAUGAAGCCCAGCGAUCAGGUGAUCUACCGGAAGCGACAAAUCGUAUACCGUACAGAAGUGAUUCGGCUUUAGGUGACCAGGGAUUUUAUGGAGAAGAUCUCACAGGAGGAUGGUAUGAUUCCGGUGAUCAUGUUAAAUUUGGACAGCCAAUGGCUGCCAGCUUGACUAACCUAGCCUGGGGUAUGAUCCUGUUUGAAGAUGCCUACAGAGCGGCCAAUGCAUGGGACUUCGCCCUGGAGGGUAUUCGAUGGGUAUCCGACUAUUUCGUCAAGUGUCACGUGGCUCCUGAGAGCUUUUAUUAUCAG